UUAAUGUUAAUAAUACUAUUACUCUUAUCUUAAUUUCUUCGUUCUGUUGUUUUUUCACGAGCGUUGAAACAAACAUGUCUGCUUCCGACCACCCUUCUCCGUCAACGAGCGCGGAGCUUACGUCGCUGAGCUUAGAUCUUGCUGCAGCCGCAGGACAAACCAUCGGCUUCUUGAGAGACGUUGCAGAGUCACAUUGGCUCCACCAUACAUCUGUUCUUGCUGAAGCUAUUCGUAGGUAUCAUCAGUUGUGGAUGCCCAUGAUGUUUGAGCUUACCGCGGAAUCUGGCAAGCCACUCAUGAUCCUUCCUCCGCUUGAUAUCGAAUGGGUUUGGUUCUGUCACACUCUAAAUCCGAUAUUUUACCGGCAAUACUGUGAUUCAAGAUUCGCAAAACUCAUCGGGAAACCAGCCAUUUUUAACCAAGAAAACAAAGACUAUGCUUUGGAAAGAUGUGAAGAGAUAUGGAUAUCCAAAUACCCAUCCGAAUCAUUCGAAAACGAAGUCGAUUCGGGCGAUAAUCAUUAUCACAACAAGAACAUUCCUCAAAUGGAUUAUCUUUUGGGAGAACUAUCAAAGCAAAGAUGUUUGUUUUCCGAAUUCUCGAAACCUUAUAUGCUAGAACUUGUUUACUUAAUCGCUGCCAGAAAUCGAUACAAAGGGUUUUUGUUUUCGUUGCAAAGAUUCGCGGAUAACAGCAAAACUUUUGUACCCACAUUAGAUGUUCUACUAAUGUGGAUCACUCAUAAGAGCUACCCGAAUGCGUAUGCUGUCGAUGUAAAGGAAAUGGAGCACAGUAUGGAGAAAGUAAUCGACGCUGGCGAAUUGGUGAAGGAGGAUCAUUUGGAGGUGAUGCGGAAACUUUGGGAGAGCGUGUUUGAUCAGCCAUAUGAGAAAGCCGGCUGCCCUGUAAUCGGUGGUUCUAACGGUGUAAAACCACCGAUUCACUGGGAAGCUACAGAUUCUGAUGUUAAUGUCAAGUACCGGCCUUUGCUGCCUCGAUUCUUGCUUGAGGUUAACGUAUUGGUAAAGCGAAUCCCGACGAUGAAGACACCGCAAAAGGAUGAAUCAAAAGAGUUUUUACGGUUCAAGCUUCUUAGAUGCCACCGGGAGAUGAAAAUAAACAGCCCCAUAUCCACCAUCCCUUCAGACUCAUGGCAAAAAGUGGUGCAGCUUUACUGCGAAUUCGGGACAAAAGGAAUGGUGGUAGAACGAAGACGAAAAGGGGGUGUUGGUAUCAACGGAAGUAAACUACUCGAAUCUAACACUUUCCUAUGGAACGAGUUGCUUCGGGCACCAUCGAUCACUUUAUAUGGAGUUGUUGGCCAAAGAUUGAGAGUAUUUGUGUCGAUCACACCGCCUGCACAAGCACCAUACUUGUUCAAGUCUGUUCCGGACCGAGUGACCGACAAUUCAGGAGCUAUGGUGUCCGAGGUGAUCCUAAAAAUGAACCAAUAUCGACCGCAAGAAGGCCGAUGGUUGUCUCGUACGGUUCUUGAUCAUGCUGGAAGAGAAUGUUUUGUUAUUCGGAUGAGGGUGGGAGGAGGGGUUUGGAGAAGAGGCAGUAACAAGCCGAAUGUCGUAAACUGGGAGGAUCGCUGCGUAGAAAUACGCGAAGGCUCAUGGUCUUACAUCGCUGGUUCCAUCGGCAAAUCCCCAGAGAAAGUGAUAGCAACCGCAACACCAAAUCCAACAUCCCAAAACUGGCGAGCAUCAUGGCGCUUUUCAACCGGACACGACCUGUUUAUAUCACACGACAUGCAUUAUGAUCUCAAAACUAGCACGACGACAGAUUCACACAUUCGACUGCUAAAAGGGCGACAAUUGCAAUACGAAAACAAAGAAAAUGAAGAUGAAGAAGGAGAGUUUGUAACAAUUGUUCGGUUCACAGAGGAAAAUCCAAGCGGGAGAGCAACUGGGCUUAUAAACUGGAAGCUGUCAGCGGUGGAAUUUUCGCCCCAAGAAGACGCAGCAUUUGUAUUGCUUCUUAGCACGACGAUAUUGACAAGUGUUACCGCAAUGAGGAAUGAAGAUGUGGGAGGUUUGUUGGUUCGAAGGAGGUUAAAGGAGGCGAAACACGGUGAUCGUGAUUGGGGGUCCGUGAUCGUGAUGGAGUCUUCGUUGAACUCGGUUUAUGUUAAGCCGUGGUAUUGGAAUGCUAAGCUCGUCAUGGCACGUGAAGGGGAGGAUUAUGUCACCAAAAGUUAUACGCCUGAGGAAUGUAGUGAUGACUUUUAUAAGGAAGCGUUGUUUCGUUGGAGUGGAUGACGUGGCAUGCUGUUUUAUUUUAAAACUUACGAGUUUAAGUUCCCGUGUGUUACACAUGUUGUAUAAAGAAAAUACUUUUUACAAAUCUAUUGAUAAUUGUCAUGUUUUAAGUGAUGAGCUUGAGGAAAGUUCA